GCAAUCUUGAGGCUUCUAAGCAGAAUUACAUUGAUCGAGCACUUGUGAAACCUUUGCUAGUGUAACCCAUCAAUUACCUAUAGAACCCAUACAAAUUAUGGGGUUUGAUGAUUUUUGUUUCAUGGCACAAGGACAUGCUGAUAAUGUUUACAUGCAAUGUGUGUCAGCAUGAUAUGUGUUGAUCAGCAUGGCCAACUUUUGCCAUUCCUGUCUGGAACUAGAAACAUGGAGGAAAGAACUGUCUGUGUGUGUUCCUGUCACCUAGUUGAUUUAGAAUGUCUUCAUGUCAGCCUCUCCAAGUCAUAGAACCAUUUGAGAUGGUUUGUGGGUUACUAAAUGUGCCAAACAUGAGACAUUUAGAUGACUUUGAUGGUUAUUUAAAUGGCAUCUCAUCUUCUACUUUAAUAUCAUUUGUUAUGGUUGCAUUAGGCUAAUCUCAUGAAGUUAUUUCAGAGAAAUAAUAAUGCACUAUGUACAUAUUUUGCCUCCUAUGUUGAAUAAAAAAAAUAUUCUGGUUUAUCGUACCCUUCUUAAUCCCCCUUUCAACAUGAGAUUAGAUACCAUUAAUUCUUACCUGGGAUGGAUAACCCAUUUCCUGGAUAAGUUUAACUCAAAUAUUUAACACUGGACAAGGCUUUUAGUCAGCAAUUGGUGGUAUUCCUAUCUUCUGUUAUGCAUGCCUUUCAGGGAUCAACACAUGGGUCAUCAGCAUUGAUCUGUACUUCUCCAGUGCAUCUAUUACCAUAGUCUUGUUUGCGUUUGAUCCUGCGGAAAGCCAUCACAGAGAGAAGAGAGAUUCCAGCAGUAGGUAGGCUUGCAGAACUUCUGAGUAUCUGAUAUUUGGAGAAAAUGAACGCACUGGUCGCAACAAGUAGAAAUUUCAAGCAGGCUGCUAAGCUGCUGGGAUUGGACUCUAAGCUGGAAAAAAGUUUGCUAAUUCCAUUCAGAGAGAUUAAGGUUGAGUGCACAAUUCCAAAAGAUGAUGGCACUUUGGCAUCUUUUGUGGGGUUUAGGGUGCAGCAUGAUAAUGCCAGAGGCCCUAUGAAGGGAGGAAUCAGAUACCAUCAUGAGGUUGACCCAGACGAGGUGAAUGCCUUGGCACAAUUAAUGACUUGGAAAACAGCUGUAGCAAAUAUACCAUAUGGGGGUGCUAAAGGUGGAAUAGGAUGCAGUCCUGGAAAACUUAGUUGUUCUGAACUUGAGAGGCUUACCAGAGUUUUCACACAGAAGAUACAUGAUCUAAUUGGCAUUCACACUGAUGUUCCAGCACCCGAUAUGGGAACUAAUUCACAGACAAUGGCUUGGAUACUUGAUGAGUACUCAAAAUUUCAUGGCCACUCACCAGCAGUUGUGACUGGAAAACCUAUUGAUCUUGGUGGAUCUCUGGGUAGAGAGGCGGCUACUGGAAGGGGGGUCCUGUUUGCAACAGAAGCCGUACUUGCAGAAUAUGGAAAGAGCAUUAAAGAUCAGCGCUUCAUAAUACAGGGCUUUGGUAAUGUUGGUUCUUGGGCUGCCCAACUUAUCAGUGAAGCUGGUGGUAAGGUGAUUGCUAUAAGCGAUGUGACAGGGGCCGUCAAGAACACUAAUGGUCUUGACAUCGAAAACCUACUUAAGCACAGCGCGGAGAAUCGUGGAAUCAAAGGUUUCAGUGGUGGAGAAUCAAUUGAUCCAAGUUCCUUGCUUACCAAAGACUGUGAUGUUCUUAUUCCAGCAGCACUUGGAGGUGUAAUAAACAGGGAAAAUGCUAAUGACAUAAGGGCCAAAUUCAUCAUUGAGGCAGCAAAUCAUCCAACUGACCCUGAGGCUGAUGAGAUCUUAUCAAAGAAAGGUGUUAUCAUUCUUCCAGACAUAUAUGCAAAUUCUGGCGGUGUUACUGUGAGUUAUUUUGAGUGGGUUCAGAAUAUUCAAGGAUUCAUGUGGGAUGAAAAGAAGGUUAAUGCGGAGCUGAAAACAUAUAUGACUCGAGGCUUCAAAGAUAUGAAGGAGAUGUGCAAGACGCACAACUGUGACCUCCGCAUGGGUGCUUUCACACUUGGAGUCAACCGAGUUGCACGAGCAACCGUUCUCCGAGGAUGGGAAGCUUAGUGGCCUGAUUCCCCCUUUUUCCAUAUUGCGACAAAAUAAUAGUUCCCUAAUUGUCAUUUAGAGAACAAUUUGGGCCCUGUCAUCAACAAAAACUUCACCUGAUUUGACUUUGAUGUGAGGUACUGUGAGGUUGGGUAUGCUUGAUGGUCAUCAAUCACUUUGAUUUUGAUGAUCUUCUUUUUCUAAAACCAAAUCAUUAGUAUUGAUCUGAUUUUAUGCAA